GGCUAUUCGAACCGGUGUCUCACACAUGACUACUCCCCGUGCGGGAUAGUUUAUCACACUGUCAUCUGAGUAGGAAUUUGAUUUGAUUCACGCAGUUAUGGAUCAUCGAUAAUCUUCCUCUCCCUUCUCGAACUGCGGAUGGCGCUGUCGUGGGUCGUCACUGGGCUGCGGCCAGCACAGGAAACAGCGUCAAUUCACGAAAUACGAUGCGAAAUAGCCAGCUUGUUUCACGUGCACUGGUAGUGGUCCACAUCCGAUCCCACAGAGAGGCACUUGCGUCCUCGCGGACAACGGAAACCGUGGAUAUCUCACGUGCUGGGCACAUAUUCCGGAGUCGCAGCCGCGUAGCACGAGAGAUGGGUGACUGUCUGAAGGUGGCCUGGUCGCGGAGCGGUGAGGGUCGCAAGAACUCGGUGGUUUGGUAGACCAUCAGCUGAGCAGGCGGUUUAUUCUAUCUGAGUGCUUCUCUUUGUCCGACGCUAGUCUCUCUAUGUGUGUUGCGUCGUGAUUUGCUUGGUGUCCGCGUGAUGUUACUCUUCGGAAAUUCCUACACUGUGUUUGUGGCUUUAUUGCGAUAGUGUGGGCCCCUUACCGUCCUCACCCGACGCUCAUAAUCGAUACGCACGACAUGGAACACACAACGACGGCUGUCACUGUCAAACAUGGCGGCACAGCCACCCGGCAGGGGGCCUAGGUAUGUUGUUCUACCGCGAUUGUGAGAAAACCGAAAGCGACCUGCCCCCUGCGUGUUCUGGAUCCAGACGAGUCAGGAGAAUGCUGAAGUAGAGGAGGAGCCCAUGCCCUCGAAGUGAAGCGUAGCGACGUGUCCUUUUCAACGCCAUAAACAGGUGACAUUCAUGGAAGGUCAUAGAGCAGUAAAUGACGCGUGAGGUUCGGCGCAAGAUGCAAUUCGAGGAACCCCGAACGCCUCAUACGUAGAAGAGAUACCUGUCUUGCACAACCUUCAGCGAAACGGGCAAACGCCUGCGAACUCGUAGGCACCAAUGAGGUACCAUCCCCAUUCUUCAACACGAGUUCAACAUUUUGCUGCGUCAAGUCCUGCUUGCGCGCCAACACAGCGGCUGUCAUGCCUCAGCGUUUGCGGAGGUGAACGCCACUGACGGGAGACCUCCAGCAUCUAGCAGGCGUGCUUUUUCAUUAGAAGCAUGUCCCCCCUACAGAAUGGCGAGAGGAAACACGAGAGUCAAUGUAGGGAUAUAUCAUGAUUGGAGGGCGUUUCUGCUUCUGACGGGGCUCUCUAAUGGCUGUGCAAGGAGACGUCAGGAAUCCUGGAAAUGUUGGGACCAACUGCGUCACUUGACUGCAGUGUGUGAAAGGGAUCAACGCUGGCUAGUGUUUCCCGAGGAUUCGGGCUUCACUGCUGAGAGGUUGAUCCGGCGCUCUUUUCUGGAGACGCCUUCUCCUUCUAGUUUCUCCUUCUGUUCGGUACCAUCGUGACGUCGGGAUGCACAUCAUGGCAUGUCGCUGUUCCCCUAUCUUCAUGUAGGUACUCCUUGUACGGCAUUUCGAGCUGUACUGCCCAGGUGCAGGCAGUGGCCCUGCGCAUGGCUGAGAGCAACAAGGCGACAACACUUUUUAUUACUCACAACUGAUUAUCAUACGAAAUGAACGUGGCUGUCGUCCGCCGGGCAGACUCCCCGAGUUGUUUCCGCUUUCGGCGUCGCUCUGAGAUGUCUCCCCUCCGCAGUGUUAUAGCGCGCUUUGCCUGAGCAAGGUCCCGGGACAGCCGCAACGUCUCCCGUAAUCUCCACGCAUCAGCUCCUGCAUAAAACACUCCCAUAGCUGCCAACACCACAGCCCCGACACGCGUGCGCUGCGGUGAAAACCAGGUAGCCGUUAGAGGCCCAGACGCGCACUGAAAAAGCAAUGAAAAAGCCAACAGUAAACGACCAGCGUGACGAACGUCUGAGUAAUCAGACAAACCCCGGACAAGUUCCGAUGUUGUACGCAGUGCUUCUAGCUCGCUACGCGGUGAAGCAUCUUCGUCUUCACUCACUGCCACCACUUCGGCAGACUCCGAAGGAGGGUCACCAGAGUCCUCCUGUACACGGCCAUCUCCCACUGCUGGCGCACGUGUCAGAGGCGCCGCCUCUAUACAGAGAACGGCCGGCGCCUUCUGCACACCAGUUGUCCAGUCACGAAGCAAUGCACCAGACUGCGCUGACGGUCCCGAACAUAUUUCGUCGCGCGGCGAUGCCAAGAGCAAACAAGCAGCCAGUACGAGGGGAACACAGCAUAUCCAGCGAGUGACAGAGACGCGGUUCCGUCCAGCAGAUCUCGCUGGCAAGAGCAGCAUCUUGUGCUCUCUCACAUCGUAUUCGGACCCGACGCUACUAACUACGGCGGGCGCCAUAACGGCACAAAUAACGAUAUUCCACUCUCGCUUCCCCGAUCAAGACCACGGACCGGCGGGAGCGAGAGGGCCGCAGCAAUCGCCUUCGUCCACGAGCCCCUUGACACAGUCGCGUCUCAACAAUAUCAGAUUCACAGAGGCACCAACAAACACCGCGUGAUGCCGUUGCUGCGUCUUUCGCAGUGUUGCAGCACUGAUGCCUCGACGCCUCGGAAAUGUUGCACUCGCGCAGCCCGUUUGCCGGACAGACAAACGAGUCCCCCCAGCGACGCCAGCUUGAUAGUACUACCGCAAGUACAUAAUAUACGGCCGCAGUGUUGUGGCACUGUGCCUUGUACAGCAGUCAUGCGUCACUCCUCGUAAAAGCGUCAGCGUACAUCAUCGAGCAACUCAACAACGUUUACACACUCCUGCAUGCUUCAUGACGUUACCUGAUUGACGACAGCCUCACCAACAGCCACGCC